AUGUACAAUGACAAAGAAGGCAACAAGCGUUCCGAAGGCAACGAGCCUCACCAGUACCAAUCCAGCAACCAGACCGACAGACCGGAAGACCAGUGGAAGUUCCGCGCCCCCUACAAGAUCCACGACAGCAGCGGCGGCAAGAACUUUGACGUCAAGUGGAAGGGCAAAUGCCACUGCGGCGCGAUCCAGUAUGAACUGAGCAGAGAGAAGCCGUUGGCGAGCAAGUAUUGCCAUUGUACGACUUGUCAGAGGAUGCAUGGUGCCCCCUUCCAAUGGGCAGCCAUCUUCCACAAAGAAGACAUCAACUUCACCAACGGGCACAACGACCUAGGUUGGUACGAUCCCACCGCCAAAUCGACGACGCACCAUUUACCAUGCAAGGUGCAAUGCGCCUACUGCCGAACGCCCAUCAUGGACGAAGGGCGCAACAUGAUUUUGCUCUUUCCCACGCUGAUCGAAGGGAUUAAUACCGAAAAGGGAAGGAAGGCGUUCGAGGUCCAGAGUCAUAUGUUUUAUCCGCAGAGAGUGGUGGAUAUUAAGGAUGGAAAACCAAAGUUUAAGGGACUCGCGGGUGAAAGUAAUCUGGUGGAUGAGGAAACGGGGGAGGAGCUGGAGGGGACGAAUCCGAAGGAGAAGAAAGAAAAGGAGGAGAGGGAGAAGGGCGAGGGAGACAAGAAGAAGGAUGAGUGA